AUGUCAGUAGUUAACCAUAGGAAACGAUUGUCUAGUGGAUUGAGUGUGACAUCAAAAGUAUUUGUGAGAUCGCGGAAUGGCGGUGCUCUUAAAAUUGUUCGUGAACAUUACUUGAGAAACGAUAUCCCUUGCUAUUCCUUGGCAUGUACAGAGUGCCAACACAUAAUCAAACCUGAUGCAUCGGGAGAAUUACCGAAAUUUAUUCUUUCUUCCACUCCGGCAAAGACCAUAGACAAGAAACCGCAUUAUGUGGUAUUAGACACGAACAUUGUGCUUCAUGCAAUCGACUUGUUGGAAAACACCCAAGUUUUCUACGAUGUCAUUGUGCCUCAAACUGUUUUGGAGGAGGUUAAAAACAGGUCAUUUCCAAUAUACCAGCGAUUGCGUAACUUGGUGAAGCUGGAGGAUAAGAGAUUUAUCGUGUUUCACAACGAGUACAACGAGGCCACUUAUAUCAACAGAAACAAGAAUGAAAGUAUAAACGAUAGAAACGAUAGAGCCAUCAGAAAAGUUGUUAGUUGGUAUAAGGGGCACUUGCCAAAGAUCGAAAUCGUAUAUGUUUGUAACGAUGCCGAUAACAGAAACAAAGCCAAAGCAGAUGGAUUAAAUGUAAAGUCAUUAUUGGAAUACAUGGAAAUACUUCCUAAUGGUGAAGACUUGAAAGAUCUUAUUCCUACAGAUUUUAGCAGAACUGAUCUCGAAAAGGGGUAUGACGAGACUUCGUUCCCCGAAUACUAUUCCAACGCGAGAAUCAUGGCCGGUAUCAAAAAUGGUACACUUUAUCAAGGUAUUUUAAAUAUCUCCACAUACAAUUAUUUGCAAGGUGAAGUCAAUAUCCCUGCUUUUAAAAAGCCAUUGCUCAUACAGGGAUCCAAGAACUUGAAUAGGGCCUUUAAUUCAGAUUCUGUCAUUGUGGAGUUGUUACCAAAGGAUAAAUGGAAGGAGCCAUCCACAACAAUUAUUGAGGAGACUGCUAUUGGAUCGAAUGAUAACGCAGAUGACGGUGACGAUGAUGAGGUAGACGGCCCAACAGGAGCAUCUAGAGGAAUCAUAUCCGACAAAGAGCGUUUGUUGCUUGCACAAGAGGCUAUGAAAACUACAAGAGGGUCUGGUGGUUCUGGCGACGAAAAAAGACUUCAACCAACAGCAAAAAUUGUUGGUAUUAUGAGAAGAUCCUGGAGAUACUACGUUGGCCAAAUUGCGCCUUCUUCAGUUAACGCUGAAGAUACAGGAAAUACAGCUAAGAGCUGCUUUGUAAUCUUGAUGGACAAGACUUUACCGAAAAUCAGAAUAAGAACUCGAAAGGCGAAAGAAUACUUGGGACAAAGAAUAGUUGUUGUGGUUGACUCUUGGCCUAGUGACUCUAAAUACCCCAACGGUCAUUUCGUGAGAGCAUUGGGUGAUGUUGAAAGUGCUGAAGCCGAGACUGAAGCUUUGUUGUUGGAGCACGAUGUUGAGUAUCGUCCAUUUUCCAAAAAUGUGUUGGAUUGUUUACCAAAAGAGGGUGACAACUGGGUGGUGCCUGAUAUCACAAAUACUACCGAUAAACAAUUGCAAAAAAGAGUUGAUUUGAGAGACAAGUUAGUGUGUUCUAUUGAUCCACCAAACUGUGUGGAUAUUGAUGAUGCAUUGCAUGCACAAAAGUUACCUAAUGGAAAUUUUGAAGUUGGUGUGCACAUUGCUGAUGUCACACACUUUGUCAAAGCCGGUACUGCUUUAGAUCAAGAAGGUGCUUCAAGAGGUACUUCAACAUAUCUUGUUGACAAGAGAAUUGAUAUGUUGCCAAUGUUAUUGGGUACCAACUUGUGCUCUUUGAAGCCAUUUGUUGACAGGUUUGCAUUUAGUGUCAUUUGGGAAGUUGAUGCCGAGGCAAAUAUUAUCAAUGUCAAGUUUAUGAAAUCAAUCAUCAAAUCAAGACAAGCUUUUUCAUACGAACAAGCCCAGGCUCGUAUUGAUGAUGCGACCCAAAAAGACGAGUUAACUGAAUCAAUGAGGAUAUUACUCAGGCUCUCCAAAAAAUUGAAGCAAAAGAGGAUAGAUGCAGGUGCAUUGAACUUGGCUUCACCAGAAGUAAAAGUGUAUAUGGACAGCGAGACAUCGGAUCCUCAAGAGGUUGAAAUCAAGAAAUUGUUAGAAACAAACUCGUUGGUUGAAGAGUUUAUGUUGUUUGCAAAUAUCUCAGUUGCUAGAAAAAUAUAUGAUGCAUACCCACAGACUGCAAUGUUGAGAAGACAUGCUGCUCCACCAGCAACAAAUUUCGAAACUUUGAAUGAUAUGUUGAAUGUGCGUAAAAACGGAUUAUCAAUUUCAUUAGAAUCAUCAAAAGCGUUGGCUGAUUCGCUCGAUAGAUGUAUCGAUCCAACUGACCCAUAUUUCAAUACAUUGAUCAGAAUCAUGUCUACGAGAUGCAUGAUGGCAGCAGAAUAUUUUCCCUCUGGUUCUUAUGGAUACCCCGAGUUUAGACAUUAUGGUUUGGCAGUUGACAUUUACACGCACUUUACUUCACCAAUCCGUAGAUACUGUGAUGUUGUUGCACAUAGACAAUUAGCUGGUGCCAUCGGGUACGAGAAUCUCGAUUUGAGUCAUCGCGAUAAGCACAAGAUGGAGAUGAUUGUGAAGAAUAUUAAUAAACGUCAUAGAAACGCACAAUUUGCUGGAAGGGCAAGUAUUGAAUAUUAUGUUGGACAAGUGAUGCGUAAUAAUGAGUCUGAACAAGAAGGAUAUGUUAUCAAAAGUUUCAAUAAUGGUAUUGUGGUCUUGGUGCCCAAAUUUGGAGUUGAGGCGUUGAUUAAAUUGGACAGCAUGGGUGACGUCAAUAGUGCUAGCUAUGACGAAGACAAGUAUGAACUUAAAUUUGUUGAUUUUGAGGGUAAAAACCGAACCGUUGGUGUAUUCGAUAAGGUGAAAGUUGAUGUUAAGUCGAUAAAGGAUGAAGUAAGUGGAAAGAGAAAAGUCCAUUUAGUUCUCAAAUAA